AUGGUAGGCUCCAUUCUUCUCAAACGUAUUGGCAUCGCUUCCAUCAGGGCCUCUUCCUCUUUGCUAUCUCGAACUUGCCUACCUCCCUCAUCAAUACCAAACUCUUGGACAAGAUCUUUCAUCACUUCACCAACUUUAAACAACAAUGGCAAGAACAACAACAACAACAACAAGACCAAACAACAACAAGUCGCUACUUUGAAACUAGAUAAGCCUAUGUUGAUGCUAGCCUUCACUUGUAAAAAAUGUGAUACCCGUUCCUCCCACACCAUCUCAAAACAAGCCUACACAAAGGGAACUGUCAUGGUAUCUUGUCCAGGUUGUAAAAACAGACAUCUCAUAGCUGACCAUCUAAAGAUUUUUAACGAUAAUCACAUCACUAUUCAAGAUAUAAUGAAAUCAAAAGGUGAAAACGUAUCUCAAUCUACCGAUGAUCUGGUUUUCGAAGAUAUCCCUGAUAACUUGAAAAAUAUCAUAGGUCAUUACGCUAAAGAUGCCCCAAAGGAAAUGAAAGAUAAAUUAAAUAAUUCAAAAAUACAUACUCUACCACACAAAAGUUCAGAAUAA